AUGGGCAUAGGCGUAGACGUAAGGGCGAGUGUGGGCGUGUUUGCGGAUGCCGAGCGCGCGAUUCGCGUCAGAGUAGCUGUAUGUUCUGGGGUUGUUUGGGGCAACGGAACUCUCGGCGCCGGCUCUGGCUGCAUGCAGACGCGGCCGGCAAACGAAUUCGCUCACCCCGGCUGGCCUGACCUAUCAGACGAGGACGAAGACGACUACGGAUACGCCAAGAAGGCACCUCGUAAGCAGGCCACUCGCUCUCCGACCAAGAAAAGGCAGGCCAAGAAGAAGCAGCCCUCAAAAGCAGCCUUGAAGCAGGCCGCUAUCGACAACGUAGCACGCAUCGAGAACAAAGCCGCCGCAGAGGAAGAGCAAGCCGCCGCGGAGCGCAAGGGCAUCCGAGCCGCACGCAUGGGUCGACGGAACGGGCGCAAGAAGGCUACGAAGGACGAGGAGGCGGACACUGAGCCCCCGGAGGAGGACAAGGACGUGGACUUCCCGCCUACCGACGAACCCGCUGCCCCCACUGACGAUGUUGAGCCAGCGACAGAGUUCGAUGGCCCCGAAUCAUCCCCCAACCCCGCAAAGACUCGCCGUCAGGAGAAGGGAAAGGCUCCGCUGCGUCGCCUGAGGCACUACGAUGAGGACGAUCCGGAGCUCGACGACAACGAAGAUGCAUCGGAUAGGGAAGAGCUCGCGCCCCGGUACCGAAUAACAUACGAGAACAUGUCGAUUGGGAGCGACGACGAUGGGUCCCAGCGCCCGUACUAUCGGUUCUCCCCUAUCCUUCCUGAUGAACUCGACGACAACGGCCACGACAACAACGACAGCCCGAAGGCUUCCAAGUCCGCCAAGUCCGCCGCUCGGAGCAGCCACGCCAAGGGCAACACAAAGACGAAGACAAAGACAAAGACGAAGGACGUCACCCCGCCUCCGGAUGAGCACGACGACAACAUGGACGUCAGUGACGCCAAUGCGAAGGGACCAAAGCCCAAGAAGCCCGCCGCUCGCACUGGGCGUCCCGCUACGAGCAACGCCAGGACUACAAGGGCGAAAGCGAAAGCGAUGGCCAAUGCCCCGCCCCAGGACGACAACAACAUGGACGUCGACAAGGACGUCGAGCCGGAGCCCCCGACGAAGGCUAAGAAGCUGAGCGGUCGAGCGGCUGUCACUGAAGCCCGCACGCGUGUAUCGGUCGAGAUCAGUAAGCCUGCUGGCGGGAAGCGCAAGGGGGCGCCGAGCCUACCAGACACCCCGCGCAAACCAUCGGCGGGCAAGAAGUCGAAGACCGCACCUCCGCAGACACCACCGGCUGAAUCUGAUGAAGAGUACGUCCCUCUACUCGCCGCAGAGCUAGUCCACGCCCCCACCGACGCCCCCACCGCGGCGAAAACCCGCUCCUCGUCCUGUGAACCGGGGCAACGCCUCCUCAAAGACGGCACCGUCCCGUCCAUCGUCCCGCCCCCAGUCAUCCAUCCCCGAGUCCCGACCCCCGUCACGUUCCGCAUCAGCCCAUCCCGACUCGCAUCCGCCGCCUUCCCGUCUGGGGUCAUCUCGUCCAUCGUCACACCCACCACCAGCUUCGUCGACUGCGCCAUCUCGCUCUCAGUCCCGUCCAUCAUCGCGCCCGCCGCAAGGCUCUUCGGCGGCACCAUCACGCUCUCAAUCCCGUCCGUCGUCACGCCCGCCGCAAGGUUCUUCGGCGGCGCCUUCUCGCUCCCGAUCUCGACCCCCGCAAGGCUCGUCAGCAGCGCGUGCAGGCUCACCAGCUCGAUCUCGAUCUCGAUCUCGCCCACGAUCGCAUCCGACUGCGCCGUCGUCCGCCUCGCAUCCCAUAGAGGACGAUGCUGCAUCACCGCCGCCGUCAUCGCCGCAGCCAACGCUGCCCCGCACAAGGAAGUCGAAUUCGGGAGGCCAGGCAUCAGCGGCGUCAAGCAAGACGGCCGCAGCGUCAAGCAAGACGGCCGCAGCGUCGAGCAAGACGGCCGCAGCGUCGAGCAAGACGGCCGCAGCGUCGAGCAAGACGGCCGCAGCGUCGAGCAAGACGGCCGCAGCGUCGAGCAAGACGGCCGCAGCGUCGAGCAAGACGGCCGCAGCGUCGAGCAAGACGGCCGCAACGUCGAGCAAGACGGCUGCGGCGUCGAGCAAGACGGCUGCGGCGUCGAGCAGGCCGGCCCCGGCAUCGAGCAAGACCGCCGCAGCGUACGUCGGGUCUCUCCGCUCGUCGUCCACGCGACUUACAUCAACAUCUUGCCAGCCACCGUCGGGGGUAUCAAGGCGUCCUUCAAGUCUUCCAAGUCGAACUCAGCCACCGCCACCAAGUCGAAGGCCUCACAGCCGCCCCAGGCUCCGCCCGAAGAUGAAGGCGGUAUGCGGGAGGCCGGUCUCGAUGACGAGGACGAGACUGUGGAGCAUGAUGCGCUCGACGAAGAGGAUCGGCGUUGGGGCGCGAAGGUGCUCGUUCCGACUCGUGCUGAGGUCUUCACACGUAUCACUCCGCUCAACAACAGCAUCGCCGCCGACGGCAAGCCGAAGAAGCGGAAGAAGUUCACGAACAGGGAUGUUCCAGAUUCCCUCCGCGCACGUUUCAACACGGUGCUGCUCCCUCUCGUGAGGGAGUACGUCGGAACUCUUCCGCCGUGGACCGGGCUCUCCCUGACCGAGAAGCAGUCCUUGGUGAAGAGAGUCUGGCCGGAUUACAAUUACACCGUUCGUGCGAACGAUGUCGUCCAUGAUCUGGCAAGUGUUGCCAUGUGCGUAUGGCAUAUCGACUACCGCAUCCAGGAUCUGCAUGCCGCAUUCAGGAAGACCGCCCUAGCGGUCGUCAGUCGCUACUUCGAUGGGAACCUGCAGCCGGAGGUCUACGACUUUGCGACGCCUGAGGGCCGCGCCGAGUUCUGCAACACCGAGCUUAACAAGGGCGACGACAAGGACCUGCCGCUUCUCUUUGCCGAUGCUGAAAAGCGUACGCUGCUAACACGGGGCCAGGGGCGGUUCGAGAACCCGUUGAUCUUGGAGAUCUUCGGCAUCGUCCACUUCGACAUGCUCGCCGACAUCCCCGAGGACAACUUGAGUGACGCUCGUCCGGUCGGUUCCCUCAUCAUGGCCAAGCUCGCCCUCGAAUUUGCGCUCACCCACUGGCGCUCGGGGAACCUGCGUGUGCCCAAGGGCGUCCUUGGGUACUUCUCCAAGGAGAACUGGGGCGACAGCACCGUCUGCGAGCGUGGUGUGCCGCGGGUGGUGCGGAAGGGCUCGUUCUUCGUGAACACGGUGUCUAGCUUCACUGACGAGAAGUGGGACCGUAUCCUCGAGGGUGCCAACGGGUACUGGCUGGAUUCUCGAUCGCGCGGUGAGCCCGAUAGCACCUACGCGCAGUGGGACGGGGACGGCGACGACCACGAGGACGACGACUUUGUGCUGGAGUCCGGCUAG